CCCAUCACGUGGCACAGAGUUAGAGGUAACAAUUUAGAACAGAUUGAUACCAGUACAGAGAAAUAUACAGACAGCACCAAUAGACAGCUCGUCAUACAGAGGGUAUCAAAGGAUGAUCAGGGUGACUACCAGGCUAUAAUAUCAGGGACUUCCAAUGGGCAGCACAUAAAAAUACCAAGCAACGUUGUGACCUUGAAGGUCACCGGAGAGCGACCAGUUCUUCAGAGAUUAGAAGUUACCUCGGGAAAGGACGGUAUAACUCUUCAUUACAAGUACAAAGUAUCACAAGACUCUCCAAAAGUACAUCAUAUUGCUUGGACCAAAAACGGCGAGGUAAUAAAUAAAGAUCAGGAAAAAUACCUUGGUGGAGGCCUAUCAGAUACUUCUCUCACUAUAACUUCCCCCUCGAUUGAGGACAGUGGAGAGUACAACUGUAUCAUAGCCAAUGCAGUUGGUGCUGUGGCAGAGCUACUAACUUUAGGUGUACCAAAGGUCAGUGUUUUAGCAGAGUCGGUUUGUUACGGGGAAAACACUGACAUAAUCUCUGUUAUAUCAUCUUGUCCACCGGCGGAAAGAGCAGUGUGGGAAAAGAGCUAUGACGCUGUUAUCUUUGAAACUAUCAACGUUGGAGAUCGAAAAUAUUCAAAUAGUAUAUUAGAUCCGAGUCAUCCUGUAUUUAGGUUGAAAUCAGUAACGUUUGAUGACAAACUGUAUUACCGACUUCAUAUAUGGAAUGGGAUAGGAGAAUGUGUCAGUAACACAGUUUUACUUAAUGUAACAGGAGAUCCCCCAAACAUUUCUAACGGCCAUGAAAUCAACAUCCAAAGCCGUUCUGUUAUAAUGACAUGCCAAAUUUUUCUUUAUAAACAAUCCCCUCUUAUUAGUGAAAUUGUGUGGAAGAAAGAUGAAAAUGUCAUCGACAUACCUGGAAGUAGAGGGAAGUAUACAGGAGGAACAAUUGAUGAACCAUCAUUAACCAUUACAAACGUCAACCAGUCGGACGCUGGAGCGUAUCAGUGUAAAGCCUCUAACGCGGUGGGAUCAACGGUUGGGAAGAAAAUUAUUUUUGGAGUUCCUGAAAUUGAAAUACAAGGACCAAAAAUACGAGGGAGUGACAAAUACAUUUUCACAGCCUUGAUAAAAUCAGUUCCAGAACCAAUUCAAGCUCAGUGGAGCAUAAAGAGCGAUACCAGCAAUAGUUAUGUAUACCAUUAGACAUCACCAGUGAAGAGUACAGAGGAUCAUCAAACAAUCUUCCUGAACCUUUGCUGUGUGUUAAACAGAAAGUAACAUUACAAAAUCAUCUCUUCCUAAUAGAGGUUCAAAACUUUAUUGGAACCACUGCAAAGGAGAUUCCAGACGAGAGAUGCUCAUGUACAAAGCAAGAAAUGCCAGAUAACAAAGGUA